UAUGUGGUAAUCUGCGUUGUCUAUGUGGUAAUCUGCGUUGUCUAUGUGGUAAUCUGCGUUGUCUAUGUGGUAAUCUGCGUUGUCUAUGUGGUAAUCUGCGUUGUCUAUGUGGUAAUCUGCGUUGUCUAUGUGGUAAUCUGCGUUGUCUAUGUGGUAAUCUGCGUUGUCUAUGUGGUAAUCUGCGUUGUCUAUGUGGUAAUCUGCGUUGUCUAUGUGGUAAUCUGCGUUGUCUAUGUGGUAAUCUGCGUUGUCUAUGUGGUAAUCUGCGUUGUCUAUGUGGUACUCUGCGUUGUCUAUGUGGUAAUCUGCGUUGUCUAUGUGGUAAUCUGCGUUGUCUAUGUGGUAAUCUGCAUUGUCUAUGUGGUAAUCUGCGUUGUCUAUGUGGUACUCUGCGUUGUAUAUGUGGUAAUCUGCAUUGUCUAUGUGGUAAUCUGCGUUGUCUAUGUGGUAAUCUGCAUUGUCUAUGUGGUAAUCUGCAUUGUCUAUGUGGAUAUCUGCGUUGUUUCAGUGGUACUCUGCGUUGUCUAUGUGGUACUCGGUGUUGUUUCUGUGGUAAUCUGCGUUGUCUAUGUGGUAAUCUGUCUUGUCUAUGUGGUACUCUGCAUUGUCUAUGUGGUAAUCUGCGUUGUCUAUGUGGUACUCAGCAUUGUCUAUGUGUAUGUGGUAAUCUGCAUGGUCUAUGUGGUACUCUGUGUUGUCUAUGUGGUAAUCUGGAUUGUCUAUGUGGUACUCUGCGUUGUUUAUGUGGUACUCUGCGUUGUCUAUGUGGUACUCUGUGUUGUCUUUGUGGUAAUCUGCAUAGUCUAUGUGGUACUCUGCGUUGUAUAUGUGGUACUCUGGGUUGUCUAUGUGGUAAUCUGGAUUGUCUAUGUGGUACUCUGCGUUGUCUACGUGGUAAUCUGCGUUUUCUAUGGGUUACUCAGCGUUGUAUAUGUGAAAAUCUGCGUUGUCUAUGUGGUACUCUGCGUUGUAUAUGUGUCUUUUGGAUCAAAGCUGUGA